AGCACAUCCCCGCCGUGUAUUGAAAACAUUUCCGGAUGAUAAUGUUCCCAAUACAUAGCGGGAAUUUGCUGUGGGACGUCGUGGGGGGCUGAUUUGAACUCCCUUAGCCAACACCAAAAGGCCGAGAAAGGUAUAGCGCUAUAUUUGAUUUGAAAGAAAGUAAGGGAAAAUUUGUCUCACCCAUUUAUAAAAAUGAAAAUGAAAAUUUGUCUUACCCAUUCAUAGUCGAACCCUAUUUCAAAAGAUUACGAAUGUUCUUGGUUUGAUCAUAGACGAGGAAAAGAAAGGAAAAUGUGAGAUUUAAAAUCACCAUCCUCCCAAAAAAAUAGAGAUUUAAAAUGACCAAAAUGAGGAAACGGGAUCCUUACAUUUCGGUCGGAAUCUCCUCGAAAAGAAAAGUAAAAAUGAGGGAAAAAAAAUCGAGAGCCUCCUUCAAUUGGGAGUUUCUUUCUACUGUAGAAACAACGGAAACAACGGUGAAUCGUGUAUACAGAGAGGCGACAAGUUCAACGCAAAAAGAGGGUAAAUUCACCAAUUCCCAGCAACGAGGCGACAAGGAGAGGUUUUUCAUUUUGCAGAUACGUACCGAGGAUCAUUAACAUAGAUGGAGGGGUAUGCCGUUUCUGUUGCGAUUUCAGUGGUUACCUGGUUUUUCAUUUUGCAGAUACGUACGGAGGAUCAUUAACAUAGAUGGAGGGGUAUGCCGUUUCUGUUGCGAUUUCAGUGGUUACCUGGGAUGCAAAGGUGCUGCAAGAGAAGACAGUGAAGAAAGCAGCACAGGCUGCAGCUGGAGGAGGAGAUAUGAAAGCAGUGGCAACCAUGUUUUUGAACGGCUGUGAGGCGAGAAGAGCAUAUGCCACAAGGAGGCAGGGCCAAUUAGCCUAGCCUCAACAGUCUCUUCUAUGGGAGACAGUCUUAGGCCUCAAAUUUCUGCUGGUGUAGCAGCACAAGUUCCAGCACAACCACAGUUCAUAAUUCCUGCUCAUUCCUCAUUUUACACAAGGAAGUGGUUCAAAUCAAAUGGCAGGUUGAGGGAUAGAUCGAGAUGAGUUGCAUCCUAAGGUAUACUUAGAUUGCAGCAGGACUAAGAGCCCCAGUAUUGCUACUUGAGUGGAAAGUUUUGAAUCUAGCCUUGCAAAUUAUCGUCUUUGCAUUCUAGAGAUUCCAGAUACCUACUUGAAACUCUUAGCACUUACGUGGUAUGGAGGAAAAGAAAAAUUCGGAAGGAAAUUUUUAUCCUGAAUCUUCUUCAUCUACUUCUUCAUCAACUCAAGAAAAUGCUCUUGCCGAUUCUGAAGUUCCAAUUCAUGCACUCCCUAAUGAAAACGUAGUGACUGACCAACAGAGCAUUGUUGUAGAAGGCUCUGGAGUUUCAAUCAUACAAGAUGCUUCUAAUGUCCUGGUACUCAACCAUGAUGCACUUAAAAUGGAGAACCUGGAAAAGUUACAGCCUGGAGUUAAGGAAAUGGAACAAGAGUCAUUGGAAGUUAUUCCAUCACCUCAUUCAUCUAAUGUAUUGGAAGCACAACCAACUGAUACUACAAAGCAAUCUGAUGGCAUUGCCACUGGUAAUAUUGUUGCUGUUGAAGUUAGUGAUAUAGCAUUACCAUCUAACGGAUCUGGUGAAGUAAGAACCUCUGAAAUUAGCCAUAAUGUUGUUCCACUAGAGGAGUUUCUUCUGCCCCAAAUGGAGGUUUCAAGCAUUUCCAAUAAGAACCUACAACUCAGUGGCAUUUCUCAACAUGUAAAAGAGGAUGUACACAGAAGUCUUGUUGAUACUGCAGCACCUUUUGAAUCAGUUAAAGAAGCUGUUUCCAAGUUUGGAAGACUUGUCAAUUGGAAAUCCUGUAGAAGCCAGAUUGUUGAGGAGAAAAAGAAUGUAGAACAAGAUCUGGAGAAAGCAAAAGAAGAGAUUCCUGAAUAUAGGAAACAGUCAGAUGCUGCUGAAGGUGCAAAGACUCAAAUACUAAAGGAACUGGACAGUACCAAGAGACUAAUAGAAGAAUUGAAGUUGAACCUAGAGAGAGCACAAAUUGAAGAGAAGCAGGCAAAACAGGAUCAUGAACUUGUGAAGCUCAGGUUGGAAGAAAUGGAACAAGGGAUUGUAAAUGAGACAAGUUCUGCAGAAAAGCAACAGCUUGAUGUAGCAAAAUCCAGGUACAUAGCUGCAGUAACAGAGCUGAAAUUUGUGAAAGAUGAGUUGGAAGCACUACAUGGGGAGUAUGCAUCUUUGGUUACUGAAAAGGACAUUGCUGUAAAGAAAGCUGAGGAGGCUGUUUCUGCAUCCAAGGAAAUUGACAAGACAGUGGAAAAUCUGACUCUAGAACUGAUUGCAACAAAAGAAUCCCUAGAAUAUGCACAGGCUGCACAUUUAGAAGCAGAGGAGAACAGAAUUGAAGCAACUUUGGCCAGAGAGCAGGAUUCUAUCACUUGGGAAAAAGAAGUCAAGCAGGCAGAAGAGGAACUACAAAGUCUAAAUGAGCAACUUCUCUCUGCGAAGGAUCUCAAAUUAAAACUAGAUACUGCAUCAGCCUUGCUACUCAAUCUAAAAGCUAAAUUAGCAGCUUACAUGGAAGCAAAGUUGAACCAAGAAGCCAGUGAAGAAGAAGGAAAGCUAAAAAGUGAGACAAAAGAGCCAAAUACGAAAGCUCAUAUAGAUCCACAAUUAACAAUUGCUUCAGCUAAGGAGCUUGAAGUGAUCAAUCUCAGCAUCGAGAAAGCAACAGCAGAAGUAAAUUGUCUGAGGGUUGCAGCGGUGUCACUUAAGUCAGAGCUUGAAGCAGAAAAAUCAGCACUUGCCUCAAUUAGACAGAGAGAAGGAAUGGCAUAUGUGGCAGUUGCAUCUAUUGAAGCGGAGUUGAAUAGAACUCAGUCAGAAGUAUCUAUAGUGCAGAUGAAGGAGAAGGAAGCCAAGGAGAAAAUGGUGGAACUGCCCAAGCAGCUACAGCAAGCUGCUCAAGAGGCAGAUCAGGCCAAAGUACUUGCUCAAUUAGCCCAUGAAGAACUGAGAAGAGCAAAGGAAGAAGCAGAGCAAGUCAAGGCUUGUGCAAGUACCAUGGAGAGUAGAAUACAUGCAACUAAAAAAGAGAUAGAGGCUGCCAGGGAAUCAGAGAAAUUGGCAUUGGCAGCAGUCAAAGCAUUGCUGGAGAGUGAAUCGGCUCAAAGUACUAUUGGUGACAAUAGCACUGCUGGAGUCACACUUUCUCUGGAGGAAUUCCAUGAGCUUAGUAAACAUGCCCAGGAGGCUGAGGAGCAUGCCAAUGUGAGGUUGGCAGCUGCCAUCUCUCAAAUAGAAGUAGCUAAGCAGUCUGAGUUGAGAAGCUUGGAAAAGUUGGAAGAAGUGAGUAGAGAGUUGGCUGCAAGAAAGGAUGCUUUGAACAUUGCAAAAGAAAGGAACAAAAAGGCAAGGGAAGGGAAGCUAGGUAUAGAGCAAGAGUUGAGGAAAUGGAGGGCUGAGCAUGAAGAGCGGCGAAAGGCUAGUGAUACUGGUGAAGGGGUCAUAAAUCCCACUAGAGGCCCAAUGAGGAGCUCUGAGGAUGGUGAAGAACCAAAGAGCUUUGACAACAAACUAGAUGACACCAUUCCUGUGCAAAAUGACUCAAGUCCAAGGGAGGUUGCCCCAAAAAAUAUCUUUGAGCAUGAUACUUCUCCAGAAGCGAAGUUUGAGAAGAAGAAGAAGAAAGCAAUAUUACCACGGGUCGUCAUGUUUUUGUCAAGGAAGAAGGGGCAUGCAUCAAAUGCCAUGUAGAUUUUCAUCAUUGUGUGUUGUUUCUGGUUUCUACUUCUGUGUUGCAAGGUUUUGGCUAAAGAGAGUCAUCCAAGUGUUCAGAUGGAUAAGAAAAAUUUGUUUGUAUUGUAUAGAUUGGUGAGAACUCUAUGUAUGACAACUUCCAUCUGUCUAUAUUCUUUCUCUUUA